AUGUACAGGAACAGAAGAAAAAUAGUGACAAGAAUAUUGUGUAAAAGAAAAAUACAAGAGAUGAGAUGUACGAAUCUUUUCUAUAGUGAAAUUUGUUUUUGUUUGUUUUUUUUGCAAUCAAAAUAUAAUCUACAUCAUUCAAUAAUGGCUAAGAAAAUAUCUAAACAUAGUAGAGCAGCAAGAAGAGGAUUAAUAGAUGCAGAAUCUAGUGCUGAAGUUAAAUCAUUAGAAUCGCUUCCAAGAGAAAACAGUGGGGUUAAGAAAUCAAUUAUUAGAACAACUAUUAAAAAUGAAAAUCUAUUAAAUAAGAAAUUAGAAAAAAAUAGAAUAAAGAAAACUAAUAAAAAGAAAACAUCAGCAUUGAAACAUAAACUUGAAAGAUCAGGUAGAUUAAGUGGGGUGUUGGAAGCUAAAAUUGAAAAAAGUAUAGCUAGAGCCAAGUAUGUUCAAAAUGCUCGUAAAUCAGGAUGGGAUAAGAUCAAUCAGGGGAUCACCAUUAAUAGUACAGAUGCUAAAAAACCAACAUCUAAAGAUGAUGACGAUGAUGAAGAUAUCAUGGAAGAAGAAGAGGAAGAAGAAGAAAUUACAGAUAUAACACUUGAAAUCAAAGAUGAUAAUAGAUUCAGAGCCCUUCAAUUAGACGAAGAAGAUGAUGAAUAG